AUGGCAGGUGUGGACAGAGGAGCAGCCACCAGGUCACGUAUCACCCCGGGCAGUGAGAAAGAGUUCCACAAUUUUAACUAUGAGAGUGACUUCGAGGCCGAUGAAGAGGAUCCCAACAACAUCACACUGGCUAACACAACACUGACUAAAAUGAAACUGCUGAGGAAGAAGCAGGAGCACCUGAAGGAGAUUGAGCGUCGGCGGCAGGAGCGGGACAACAGGCGGACACAGGAGGAGCGAGCAAGGAAGUACCGCCAACUGGAGAUCCAACACAGCCAGAGCUCCCUCCAACCUUCCAGAGCAGACAGUGGAGACUCCAGCCUAGCUGUUCGCACUACUCUGAACUACACGGGUCAAACUACCAGAGCCAGUCCUCAGCCCAGUCCACUACAUGGUGUCAAGCCCAACCCUCACCUAAGUCCUCGACCGAGUCCACGCCCAAGCCCUGUUCCCAAUCCUCCAUCUCGUAUUAAUUUACCCAAGAGUAAAAGUCACCAUGGCAAUCUGAGCAAAAAUUUAAGCCGAGGUAUUGGUAAUGCUGAGAGGCGGAAUCGUUCACUAGAGAGGCAUACGACCUCACAGACUAGUGGCGUCCACACACGAGAAACAUUCAGGACACCCCAGAUAGUAAAAAGAGGACAACCUCCUAAUGGUUCUGGUGGUCGCUUUGGUAGUGACAACCAGAGCAGUAAUCUUGUCAAUAAUGGGAUUACCACCUCACUCGUGAGACGCAAUCCUAGACGUUUUCCUGACAGAAAACGAAACCAUGUCGAAGUGCCAAAUCACACAAGUCCCAGGCAAACAAGGCUUCACCGAGAUAGGAUUGGUAAUCUUACACCUCUUAGCAACUCUGGCCCAGUAGCUGUAGGACAUCAGCGACCACAACUCAGACAUCAUGUAGCUUCUGAAUUCAGUGCAGUCGAGUCCAGGCUAGUUAUAGCUUAACUUUUGGCAUAUGUUUCUUAGUAAAUCUACCUAUAUCAUGUUUGACAAACUCUUGCACAAUAUUCACACAGAAUAAUGAGUGAUAUUUAAGCACAUUGUGUUGUUGCAAGUGAUAUUUCAUGAAAUUUGUUCAUGAUAAAAGACAGUUUAAAAUGGAAGCCACUUUUCUUGUAUCAUUCUCUCUUCACAUUAAUUCAGUGUAUGUACUGUAUUUUGAAAAAUUAUAUUGUUAAUUUUCAUAAUGAACUCCUGACGGAGAUGCAAGUGGUAGAAUAUUUGUUAGAAUAUUUUUUUAAAAAAUAGCUUAAUACUGUACAUACCUUUUUCUUGAAGUUUAAAAUAGUUUUUGCAGAAUACUGUACUCAGAGCAUCAAGAAAAAGAUCUUAGUUAUCAUCUGAUUAUUUUUUUUUUUUUUUAACUUGCCAACUUGUGAAAAAAUUAGUGCUCAUGUGCUAGUGAUCACUUUAAUUUGUUUUGUGACUUAGGCUCACUUCAUUUAUUAGUGUAUGUACUUUACUUUUAACAUUUGGGAAUCUUUUCAUAAUGUGAAAAAUGUGUCAAAAUAAGGAUAGCUUCUAAGUAGUUUUGUAUAUAUGUAGUAUAGAGAUAUGGUAACUCCACCACUCACUUGUUACUGCAAAUAAGGAGAAAAUGAAGGAAAGCUGGAAACUGAUUUCCAUGUUCAACUUACUAUAGAUAACUUGCAUAUCCACCCCAGUAAUAAACUACGCCCUAAAGAGCCUUUUGUGGAUUGUAUUAAGUUAAAUUUGCUGUCUCACUGUGUAUUUCACAAAAACUUGUGUGGGUUAAGACAUACCAUAGGUAAACUAAU